CCUGUACAAAUCCUAGAAUCACUUUCCCUGCAUCCGUACCGUUUUGGCCGACAACUCUAUUCCCCAAACCGACCAGAUCGGAAUGUACGUGCCUAUGUAAAGAACAUGUUUCUUCUAAGAGGGUGGAACCUUGGUUAAUACGUAGGGACAUCUGGCGGCCGAAGGCUUAUCAUUAUAGUCACUACCUUGUUCUUAAAAGAGAUCUAUUUCCUCCAAACGCUAUACGAUUAUGGCCGCUUGCGUAUUCUAAAACAGCGCGGGUGACGCUGUCGCAACUUGCGGCAGGAUGAACAAGACCAGUAAGACAACAGGAAAGAGAGCGGAGUCUCAUACACGCACAGAGCAGCUGAAACUACCCUGGACUGCGCGUCUAUGGGCGUCUGUGGGGCUACCUUGGACUCUGAUUGGCGCGACAUCCUAUGUGGUCCUCACGCUACUUGGCCGGUUAAUCUUGCACGACCCCCAUGGGCUGGACGUCCUCAGGAGAGAGGUCCCGGUGUCAGUUUACGACCGCUCCUCAUCCAUCUUCCUGACGGCUCUGGCAAUGGACAUCUUGAACAUUAUCUUCGAGCGCCAAACGAUAAAGGUUGACUGCGUAUUGCUCCCGGCAUUCAUUAAAGGGGCGGCCUCCACCACCAAUGUGCUGGUCCGAUUCUUCACACCCGUCAUAGCUCUGACUAAUUACGGAAGACCGGUUGUCGUGCAACGGUACAUUUGCUGGAUGCACACCACGCCAACCAUCUUGAUGCUGCUCAAGAUGAUCUCAACCAGCAUUACAACCCGCGAGGCCGUAACUGCCAUCCUGUUUGACGAGCUUAUGGUGGUGACUGGAGUGGCGGCGCUGGUGACCACUGGAUGGCAGAGAGUGUUGUGGUCAAUCAUAACUCACGUGGCGAUGCUACCUGUGGUGCCGUACAUGCAUAAGGCCUUCACCGAGGCCAUGCGGCAAGUCCGCACCCGCCCCUUGCAGCUCACCAUGCUGUGCGUGUAUGUGCUCAACCUGCUGCUGUGGUGCACCUUCGCCAUCACGUGGGACCUAGCGCUGCUGGGCUGGAUCAGUGUGGUGAGCGAGGAGGUGCUCUACAUCGCAUGUGACUUCAGCGCCAAGGUGCUCUUCUCCUCCACCCUCAUGCUGAGCUCCUUCAAGGAGUUCGAGGCGCGGCGGGAGAGCGCCAUGCGGGUCAUCGAAGGCAGCAGCAAGGCCAAGCUCAUAGCGGAACUGCAGGCCCUGCUGGAGCAGAAGGAGCGCUUCAUGAGCUCAGUGAGCCACGAGCUGCGGACACCCCUCAACGGAAUCAUCGGCAUCUCCGAGGGCAUGUUGUCGGGCUGCUGCGGUGUGCUGCCGGAGGGUGUACGGCGGCAGAUCUACAUCAUCCGUACAUCGGGCGCCCGCCUGCUGGCGCUGAUCAACGACGUGAUGGAUGCGGCGGCGCUCAGACAGAACAAGCUGGUGCUCAAACAGGAGCAGGUCAUCCUGCGCCAUGUUGUGGACGACGUGCUGGACCUGACUCGCAGCCUGGUGGACAGCGAGGUGGCGCUGGUGAACCUGGUGCCGCCGCGCAUGCUGGUGGUGGGCGACACGGGCAGGAUCGUGCAGAUCCUGAACAACCUGCUGGGUAACGCCGCCAAGUUCACCCGCCGCGGCACCAUCCGUGUGAGCGCGCGGCAGGUGGAGGGCGGCAGGCGGGUGGCGGUCACGGUGGCGGACACCGGCAUCGGCAUCCCGCGGAACAAGCUGGCAACCAUAUUCCUGCCCUUCGAACAGGUGGACAUGUCCAUCAGUCGCAAGUACGGCGGAUUCGGCCUGGGGCUCAACAUCGUACAGGAGCUCGUCAAGGCGCACGGGGGCACCAUCAACGUGUCCUCCAUCGAAGGCAAGGGCUCCGCGUUCACCUUCACACUGCCUCUGGCCAGGGCCAUGGGCAGGGAAUCCAUAGAGGAGGCCAAGGCGGCGGCUCAGCGCAGCGCAGCGCAGCUUGCAGCUGCCCCCGGCACCGCCCUCGUCCCCCACACCUCGGCCGGCGCAGCAGCCACCACCACUGCCACCACCACAGGCACAGCUACCGCCACAACCAACGACGGCUCCUCGUCUCUCCUUGACGGCAGUACGGACACCAUUGGCGGCGGAGGCGGAUCUUCGUCCGCUGCGGUGCACCGUACGAACGGUGGCGGAGGCGGCAGCGGCGACGCUGGCGGCACUGCUACCACCACUGGCAGUGUGAAGACGCUGUCAGGCGUCAAGCCCAGGGCGGGGGGCCCUGGUGGCGGCAGCGGGAUCUCGGGUAGCGGUGGGGACGGCGGCGGUGGAGAGGGUUGUACGGCAGAUGACACCGUCAGUACGGCACUGAGCUGCAGCGACGCGGGUCGGAGGCCCGGGCCAGGCCGAGCGGCUGCGGCUGGGGACGGCGGCGGCAGCGGAGGGGUGGAUUCGGAGCUCACGCAGUAUGGCGAGCUCAUGUACAACGCCGCAGAGCUGUCAGCCCUCGCCUCCUCCCGUCCGUACACCCAAUCCGCACGAGACACCUACCCCCACAACCAGCACCACACUGCCGUACUCUCGUCCAGCACUGACGGUACUGCAGCCCGGAUGUCGGUUGAGCGACCCAAUCCCUCCUCGACGGGUAUGUCCCCUCAUGUGCCGUACAUGGCACGUGGCGGAGCGGGCAACAACGGUGGAGGAGGAGCAGUAGCAGGUGGUGGAGGAGGAGGUCCGGCAGGGUCAGGAGCGGCGAUGAGCGGCGGUUUCGGAGCAGGAGGACCGGGAGGAGGCGGAGAGGCGUCGUCCCAGACUUUGCCUGGCGGGGACGCCAAGAUCGUGCACGGCCCCCGCCCCUUCCACUACACCAUGUACAAGCGCUUCCUGCUGCUCUCCGUGGACGACGACCUGGUGAACCAGUCGGUCAUCAAAUCCCUGCUGGGCAGCACAGGUUACGAGGUGGUUGCCGUACCCAGCGGUGCGGAGGCGCUCCGCUACGUGGCUGGCGCUCCCGCACUGCCCGACCUGGUGUUGCUGGACUGCAUGAUGCCGGAGAUGGAUGGCUAUGAGGUGUUGCAACGGCUACGCGCCAUGACGCCGCACGUGCACUUGCCCAUUAUUAUGGUGUCAGCGCAGACCGAGGAGGACCAUGUGGUGUGCGGUCUGGAUCUGGGUGCGGACGACUACGUCACCAAGCCCUUCAAGCGCAACGAGCUGCUGGCGCGCAUCCGGGCGCAGCUGGCGUACGGGGACUGGGAGCAUGACGAAGGUGCGGACGCUCUGGACAACCUGGCCUGCCUCCCGAUCUCCGACUUCAGCCCAGUUGCCGUACCGCCCUUCCCGGCAGCUGCCGCCGCAGCAGCCGCUGCCGCCGCUGCUGCUGCCAUUACCUCCGGCAACGGCGGCGGGGGCUUCAACGCCAGCGGUGGCAGCGGCGGCAUUGCUGCUGCUCUGGGGUACGGCAUGGGAUUGUUGGACAGCGGCAAUAACUUUGAUGAUGCAUCAGGGGGCAUUCCGGCGGGGUCAGCAGCCGGAGGCGGAGGAGCAGGAGCAGGAGGGGCGGGUGGGACCUUAUCCGCCGCCGGCAGUGGCAUCGUGAGCGGCGCCAAUGCUAUGCUGGGCAGCGGGUUUGGCGGCGGCAGCAGCGGCGACCAGCGCGUGAUCCUGUGUAUUGACGAUGACGAUGUGAACCAGGUGGUGCUGCAGGGGAUGCUGACGAGCCAGCACUACAAAUACGUGAGGGCCAGCACCGGCGGCCAGGGUCUCGCCUACGUGUGCGGCCCCAACAGCGGCGGCAUCCCGCCCGACCUGGUGCUCCUGGACUGCUCGCUGCCAGACAUGUCGGGAUUCGACGUCUGCCGCUGCAUACGGCAAAUGUACAACAAACAACAGGUUCCCGUCAUCAUGCUGUCUGCUCGCCACAACGAGAGCGCUGUGGUGGAGGGACUCAAGUGCGGGGCCAACACCUACGUCACCAAGCCCUUCAGGCGCAAUGAGCUGCUGGCGCGCAUCCGCCUGCACCUGCGCUCGCGGGACGUCCCCACCGGCCUCUCACCGCCGCAUACCGCGGACCAACCCGGGUCUCAGCCUACAGCAGCUGCAGCAGCGGGUGCUGCCGCUGCUGCUGCCGCUGCAGGCGCAGGUGUGGCCGCUGGUUUGGGUGCAGGUGCAGAGCAAAUCAACAACAGCAUUGUCCCUGAGAACCGGACGCCAUUUGGCUCUGGUGACACCGCCGCUACGGCAGCCGGCGGCGUCGCACCAACUGCUGCUGCUAGCCGGCAGCUGGGGCCCGCAUACGGUGCGGUGCCGACCAUGCAUACCUGGACCGAUGCCGCGGUGUUGGUGGUAGCCGUUGCGGAUUACGCCGGGCUGUGCCGCAUGCUGCUUCCUGGUGAGAUGGCGGAGCUGUCUGGACGCAUGCUUACGGCGUUUUGCCGGGCGGUUGCGGCCCAUGGGGCGGUCGUCAUUGAGGCGGGAACAGGCGUCAUGUCUGCUGCCGUACUUCCGCCACUGCCGACGCCAGCGGCGCCGGCAGCGCCGGACACCGCCGCCGCCGCCGGUCUGCGCCUGGCGGCGCUUCACCGCGUCGGCCGAGCGCUAUUCGACGCCGCCACCACCAUUGCGGUACCCGGUACGACAACGUGUCUGCAGCUACAACAGGCGCUUGCGCUGGGGACAAUCAUGGGUCAGGGCAUUCGUGACGGCGCUGCCACUGGUACGGCAAAUACCACUGGCAUGCAGUACUUUGGUGUCGUACUUGCGGAGCUCCUGGACCUGGCCCGCCGGGCUCCACCGAUGACCAUUGUGGCACCCGACGCUGAGGCACACGCGCUGCGGGCUAGCGGCGCCACUGCCGACAUCCGGGGGCCGCUGUUCCUUGAAGGCGACGGCAGCGGCGCCGCCGCUGUGGCCGCUGCGUCGCGGCGGCUGUGGCUUGUAGAGGCUCACCCCUUGGCGCAUCAGUACCUGCCGCCACAGCUGCUGAACGUCGCAAGCGUGAUGCGGUACGGCAGCACUGCUCUGGUAGGCGGCGGCGGCGGCGGUGGCAGCGUGGGUGGCGGGGCCCCUGGCGGUGGCGACAGCGCAGGGCAGCGCGGCCCUUUGGCCUCCGCGACGUCCCUGGUGGAGGACUUCCUGUUCAAUUCGGUUAACCGCCUUGCGCUGCCCCAAGAGCAGCACUCCUCGCACACAACUGUCGGCAGCGGCCGCGUGGCUCUGGUCGGCGGUGCUGGCGGCGGCAGUGGGCAGCACUUACCAGGCGGCGUUGCCGAACAACGCAAUCCUUCAGGCUCCGCUGGCACUGCUGCGGCCGCUGAACAAGCUGGCAACGGCGCCUCCGUCAGUCUGGGACUGUACGGCAACAACGUAUCCUGCGGCGGGGGAGCUGGCGGCGCCGGUGGCGGUGGUGGGGUCGGAGCUGCUGGCGGAGGCCCUUCGCGCGAUGUUUCCCAUGCCUUCAGCCAUACCUUUGGCUCUGACUCGGACGCCUUGGGGCGCACCGGGCAUUACCUAGGCAACCAAAUGAGCAGUGCAGGUCACACCGCCACGGUUACGGGAACUAAUACAGGAACGGGUACAGCGAAUGGCAGCGCUACCGGUGCCAGUCAGGCUACGAGCGUCAACCAUCCUGCCACAGCCGCCGCUGGGUCCCUGCGUGCCGGCGCCGCCAAUGCUGGCGGCGGUGGCGGGCCUGGAAGCGGGCCUGUCAUACUUCAGAACCUAGGGUACGGCAGUCCGAGGGGGGUCCCCCAACAGUUCCUGGACUCGUCCGGAACCACCACCGCCGCCGUCACGUUCAACCUUCAAGCGGUGGCCGCCGCUGUGGCGGCGACAGCUGGCGCCAGCAGUGGCGUAGGCACGGGUACGGGUACGACACCGUCGACUCGUCCUUCUCAGGAUUCAGGCAUGGGGCAUAGCGGCGGCGGUGGCAGCAUGACUGGAACGCCGGUGGCGGGCGUGGCUAUGUACGGUGGUACGGCAUCUAUUGCCGGCGGAAUGGGUACGACGCCUGGGUCUUCCUCGCUUCACGCCAAUAUGAACCCGCGAGGCAGCCUUUACGGCGUCGCCGGGACUAGAAAUGCUGGCGCCACAGGUGGCCUUGGCAUGGGCGGUGGUGGUGGCGGGGGUGGGGUGUUGCAUGCUUCGGACAUGGGUUUGGAUCCAGAUCUCAUCACCGCUGCUGAACCCCAGAUCCGGGCGCUGCGAAACGAGCUGGCGGUCAUGCGGCAGCAACUGGAAGCGCUGCAGUCGAGCUCUGGGAGGGAGGUGCUGCUGCCAGCGGUCUCGGCUGCCCUGCAGCCGCCGCAGCCGCAGUCACAGCAACGGCAGCAGGAGCAGCCGCAGCCGCUGCUGCCCCAGGCUAGGGAGGCGACAGCCUCUAGGAUUAGCACAGGGGAGGUUUCGGUGGCUGGGAACGCUACCGCAGCUUCUGCGCCUCAGGCAGCGGGCCCGCAGUCUUCUCCGCCUCCCCCUCCUCCUCUUCCAAUAACAGCAGCAGCAGCAGCUGGAUCUGUAGGUCACAGCGGCGGCGGAGGUAGCGCCGGCGGCGGCGAGAGGGGCAGCGGAGAUGGCUCCGUGCGCAGCAGUCGCCAUCCCCCGCCGUCACAGCCUCAGCGCCACUCGCCCACCUCAACCGGAGGCACCGGACAGGGAGGGGGUACUGGAGGAGGCAGUGCCGGAGGUGCCGGGGGGUCCGGCAGUCCCGGAGUGGACAAGGCGGCGAAGAAGGUGACUUCAAAGCUGAGCCGGCUGUUUGGGCGGUCCGGCAAGGCAGGCGGCAAGUAGGCGGGGCUGCGUGGGGUCGCUAGGUGGGGCUGGGAGUGCUGGUCAGAGGAUGGCAACUUGGUGAGGGGUUGGGAGAGGAAGGGCGGGGCUCGGCGGAGUACGGGGGCGGGAGAGGGAUGCAAGCUGGUGGCGUUUCAUUUUGGUGCUGGAACACUACGUUCUACAGCGGAUCAUACGAGUCUCAGCUUGAACUUGAUUGAAACCCGUAAUUACCCCGCUGCAAGUUAUUGCGGCGAGCUGGCUGUCCUUAGUAGAACCCAACUGUGGAGAGUAAAUCACUGCGGUGAGUAAACGCCUGUUGGAUUUGGGGUGUAGGGAAAGUCCGGGCAAGGGAUGUGGUUUACAAGGGAUGGGAGGAUUCUGUCAAAGCAGGCGCAUGCAAUUAAAUAGUGAUUAUACUGAGGUGCAUACGCCAGACAUAUAAAUGGCGUGUAUUGGCGAUUGGAGAGGAGGAACAAAGACGCAGGCUAUCUAGCGGUAAUGGUGGCUGUUGGUCUUUCCACUGGUCUAGAAAGUUGGGAUAUCCAGCAGGAGUACUUGUUGGGAGGUGCCGGUGGGGUGUAUUGGUGUGCAUAGCGGCAUCAGCAAUUUGGGGUGAUGGUGGUAUUUCUGAGGGUAUGUUUACGCAUUAAACAUUGAGAUUUGGUUUGGCCGUUAGGGGUAUACGAGUUCGUUGGGUUAUGGAGGUUUAUGGAGGCUUUGGGCUGGGACUUCAAUUAGUGUUAUUAAUCCUGGCUGGAUUGGCAAUGUCGGGGCCCGGUGGGGAGGCUGCUGUUCGCGUGAACUGGGCCGCCCGGCAUUUCCUCUCGAUGCAUCAUCCUAUAUACCCGAGCGAGCUCAUGAUACGUGGUCAUGAUUAGGUUUGUGCGAUACACCGUCAUUAUUAGGCCUUGCUUUAUGUUGUGACACGAGAGGCGGCAUGUGCGGUGACUUAGGUUGCGGUGGCAGUAUUGCGUUGCAUGCAUGUGUGUUUCACUGCGGGGUGCUCUAGGUUCGCCAAGGAUUACCAUGGGAGAGAUAUGAGUGUGGCGGUGCGAAGUGGAAGUAGGGGGGACUCGCAAAGGAGGCGUAUGCGUCUAAAUGGCCGAUUCUGGAGCGCGUCCUGAAGCAGAUGGACGUAAUGGGGAACAGGCUGGGACUCAUAUAGUUGAAUCUGGCACGAGGGGUCCCAGCACACAUGUAUGGGUCUCAUAUAAGCGUUCGCCCCAUACAGUGAUUACUGAAGUCCUGGCGGUAACGUGACGUUGCAGUCUCAACUUGAAAGUGCGUCGAUACAAGACCUAUUGAUGCCUCCUCAGGCGCUAACUUGGGGCUAGGAUAAGAUUUUGAGGGGGCUAUGCGGUGGAAACACUGUUCAUAAUACAAAAACUGUUCGGGCGUGUUAUUAGGGUGGGUGGUCAUUUGGAAGGGCGAGAGACUGUAUGCGUGCGUGCGAGGACAGUGCAGCGGUUCUUAUCCAUCGCGCGUUCACGUAUCCUUGAGCUACCUCGUCUUUAACCUUACAAUUUCAUUUGCUGCUGUGUUGCCGACCCAGGGGUCACACGGAGGGUUAGCCUUUUUGAGGGUUAGUCUUUCUGAGCUGUGCAUCCAUCAGCGCUAACUUACACGACGGUGGUCAAUAGCUUUAUCCGGAUUUGAAUGUGCGAAUGGCUUGGGUUGGAUAAGGAGGGGCCGAGCGGCAACGGCAAUACCGUAAGCUGCCCGGGUGUAAAGAGUGGACGAGGAGAGCAUGACUAUGGAAGAAACAGCACGGGGUGUGCAGGUUGGCCAAGGAGAGCAGUGGAGCGGCUGACCGAGGAUUUUCUAUGCUGUUGCUGCUUAUGCCCCUUACCCGCAUUCGAGCAUGACGCGCCGGUCUUUUCUUUUGCAAGCCCUACCGGUGUCCACCGCAGCCCUAGCUGCGGUGGCUUAGGGUUGUUGGUAAAGGACUGCGAGGUUACGUUCUAGCUUAGAUCUCUCCUGAUAACUGCGUGGUUGAUUGUCGUACUGCUGCUGCCGCUUCCUGCCGGGCUGGGGACCUGGAACUGCUACCGUUAUGUGGCAUCCGCAAAUACUUGUCUGGGG